AUGAGUGCCGCAGACAAGCUGACACCGGGCGACACCCGCGUCAAGUAUGAGACGGCUCAAAUCAGAGGAAAGACAUACAGCUAUAUGCUAGGCGAGCCUGAGGGCCAACCCAAAGACACCAUCGUUCUGGUCCACGGAUUCCCAGAUAUUGGCUUCGGUUGGCGUUGCCAGAUCCCUUACCUCAUUUCUCUCGGACUUCGGGUAGUGGUGCCUGAUAUGCUUGGCUAUGGUGGAACAGAUGCACCUGCCGAGAUCGAACCCUACAGCUUUAAGAGCCUGUCCGACGACCUCGCAGAGCUCGCUAGGAAGUUUGUUGGCGAGGAUGGGCAGAUCAUCCUUGGUGGCCACGACUGGGGUGGUGCUGUGGUCUGGCGACUCCCGCUCUGGCACCCGAAGCUCAUCAAGGGUGUCUUCAGCGUCUGCACUCCGUUUCCACCCCCGCGAAGCGAGUACCAUGACCUGAAGGACGUCAUCGCUCUUGGCAUUCUGACCAACUUCAAGUACCAGCUGCAAUUCAGAGGCCCCGAGACGGAGGCUAACAUCCAGGGCGAAGAGAAGCUCCGCCAAUUCUUCACAUGCAUGUUUGGAGGCCGGACCAGCGACGGCGAGCCUGCAUUCGACGUAUCCAAGGGCAUUCUCUUCGAUAAGCUCGACUCCUUGAAGCCGUCCCCCCUGCUCUCGAAGGAGGAGCUCGAGUACUACGUGAAGAAGUACGCCGCGCACCCAGCACCGGAGCUGCACGGCCCGUUGAACUGGUACAGAACGGCUAAGCUUAACUUUGAGGAGGAUAGGCCGUUGGCGGAGACGCCGACGGUCCUGGAGAUGCCGUCGUUGCUGGUCACGGCAGAAAGGGACACUGCGUUGCCACCCGAGAUGGCGCGGAACAUGGAUAAGCACUUCAAGGAUUUGACGAAGAGGAGUGUCAACGCUAGCCACUGGGCCUUGACACAGGCUGGUCCCCAGGUCAAUGGAUACAUUGGCGAGUGGAUUAAAUCAAGUGUUUGGGGUGAGGCGCUGCCUACUAAGUCUUCUCUGUAA